GUGAAAUUAAAAGUGAUACUUUUAAUGAAAAUGUUGAUGGUAUAUAAAUACAUCCAUCAAUAAAAUCAAUAUAUAUACGAUAGUAUAUAUCAUUGUAUUGCAUACAACCUUAGCCACAAAAGAACUAAAGGGAGAGAUCGAAUAAACUAACUCAUAUACAUACACUGUGAUGGAUUCAUCAAAUGUUGGUAAUGACAUGAGAGUGUUGAUGUUCCCAUGGCUGGCUGUGGGCCACAUCACGCCAUAUUUGGAGCUCGCCAAGAAAUUAUCUGACAGAGGCUUUUCUGUCCACUUCUGUUCCACCCCAAUCAAUCUUAGUUUUAUCAAAGGUAAGAUCCCUGAAAAAUACUCCUCUUCAAUCCAGCUAGUGGAACUUCAUUUACCAGAAUUACCAGAACUCCCUCCUCACUACCACACCACCAAUGGCCUCCCACUACACCUCAACUCCACCCUUGAGAAAGCCCUCACCAUGGCCGAGCCCACUUUCUCCGACAUCGUGGGAACCAUGAAACCAAACUUGCUGAUCUAUGAUUUUCGGCCGCCAUGGCCAGCAGCAGUAGCCGAGUCACACAAUGUCCCAGCUGUCCGAUUCGUGACGUCAGCUGCGGCCACAUGUUCCUACGUCUCCCACCUGCUUUCCCGGCCGAACACGGAGUACCCUUUUCCGGAGAUCUCUCUAAGCGUUUAUGACAAAGAGAGGUUUGAGAAGAUGAUUAGUCACGGAAGAAGCAAUUCCAACAGCAAUGAUACCGUGGACAAAAACACUAUUUUGUUGAGUACUUCCAGAGAAAUAGAGGGGAGUAAGUAUGUGGAUUAUGUGAGUGAAUUAGCAGGUUCCAAGGUCUUCACAGUUGGUUCUUUAGUUCAGCAGCAGCAUCAGGAUGAAGGGCGUUUUGGACCGUUGAUGGAAUGGUUAGGAACAAAAGAGGAGAAAUCGACGGUGUUAGUUUCUUUUGGGAGUGAAUAUUUUCUCUCUGAAUAUGACAUGCAUCAAGUGGCUAUUGGGUUAGAGAUGAGUAAAGUGAACUUUAUAUGGGUUGUUAGGUUUCCUAAAACAUUAAAUGAAACGACAUUAAAAAACAGUGAUAGUCUUCUUGAAGCGGCACUACCACAUGGAUUUCUUGAGAGGGUGGGAGAAAGAGGGAUAGUGGUGGAAGGAUGGGCCCCACAAAUAAGAAUCUUAUCACAUCCGAGUGUUGGAGGGUUCGUGAGCCAUUGCGGAUGGAACUCUACCAUGGAAAGCAUUGGAUGUGGAGUUCCAAUCAUAGCCAUGCCCAUGCAUAUUGAUCAACCUAUAGAUGCUAGAUUGAUUGUGAGUAUUUAUGUAGGAAUCGAGGUUGAGAGGGAUGAAUCUGGAAAGUAUCAUGGUGAAGACCUAGCUCGAGCUUGUGAUGAAGUUGUUCUCGGAAAAACUGCAGAAAAAAUUCGGAGAAAUGUCAAAGUAAUGAGUGAAAAUAUAAGGGCCACAAGUUUGAAAGAGAUGGAUGACGUUUCAAUAAUACUAGCACAACUUUGCUUUCCACAUUAAUACAUACGAAGUAGCAGUGUUUAGCAUCUCCAUUCCAAUAAAUUUUGCAAGUUUGCUUAUUCAUAAUUUCAUACAUGCAAUUGGCUAUUGUUUUUUUAUUAUCAAUAUCAAACUUCCAUCAUAUCUAAGUUCAAUAUUCUGUAACUAAUAUUUCA